UUUUUCAUGCACAAAUAUAAAGCGUGCCUCCCCCAUUCCAGACUUAUUUCAGUGCCAAUAAUAACACUCUAAUCUAAACCAUCUUCAGCUUCAGCACCAAGUUUUAAUAUGGCUUGUUGGUCAGCUGAGAAUGCAACCAAAGCUUACCUCCGAGCUUUGAAAAUGGUAAAGAACAGUAAGGAGCCAGACAUGGCUGAGUUUAUAUCAGCCCUUGCAGCAGGAAACAAUGCACAGCUUAUGGUGAUGGUAUCUGCAAGAGUUACAGCAUCGACCACACUACCAUUGGUGGCAGCUGCCCAUCAAACAGGUGGCCAAGUAACUUGUAUUUUGUCUACAGAAUCAGACUUCAUUGUUUCAAGAAAUUCUCUGGGACCUUAUGCAGAUUGUGUAAAGUUUGUAGUAGAAGAUGCCAAGACUCUUUUACUGAGUGAUUACAAAAGGGCAGAUUUCGUGCUUAUUGAUUGCAACAUUGAUGAUUGCGAAGGAGUGUUUAGAGCUGCACAAGAGUGUGGCAGAAAUGGAAGGGGGCUUAUAGUUGGUUUUAAUGCCUUUCACAGGGGACCAUGGCGUAAUGACCUCAAGACUCACUUUUUACCCAUCGGAGAGGGACUACUGGUAAUAAGAAUAGGUGAUAAGAUUGACAAUGGAUGUGGACAGAGGAAAAGAAGUAGAUGGGUGACGAGAGUUGAUGAGUGCACCGGCGAGGAGCAUGUCUACAGAGUCACCUGUGCACAGCAAGAGAUUGAAGCCUGAAGCUAUAGAUUUUUUUUUUCUUAAUGCGUAAUAGUUUGUAAUCUGUGAGUCAAGAUGUAAAUAUCAAAUAUGGAAAACCCAUCUGGCUUAAUGGUUUUUUCAAGAAGUCCAGUAGCUUUCAACUGUGUAAUUAAUUGAAUAUUCUGCGAAGCGUUUGGCUCUGUAUAAGAGAUGAAGAGAAUAGUUGACUUGG